AUGCACCUCCUCGUGACGGUCAAGUGCGGGCAGCGCGAGAGCCGGUUCCGCAUCCCCUGCGGCAACGGGCAGAAGACGUUCAAGUGGCUGGGCCUCGUGAGCGCGGCGCGCUACAGCAGCGAGAGCCCCAAGGGGUCGCUGCGCAUGCGCGAGUCGCGGCAGGCGCAGGCCGCGGGCACGGCGCUGAUCCCGAGCAACAUCACGACGAGCGACACGUCCUUCUUCCACCCCGAGGCGCUCCUCGGCGAGCAGCUCGAGGACGGCGCCGAGGUGUGCGUCGCGCUCGCGCCGCGCGUCGCCGUCGACGCCGCCGGCCACCCCAAAACCUCCCGCUGGAGCACCAUCGCCUUCGAGCUCAGCGACCCGCGCAAGCCCUUCCGGGAGCAGGCCAUGCGCGACGAGUACAGCGCCCAGGAGGCGAAGCGCACGGCCCUCGAGGCCAUGGAGGCCGACAAGCGGCGCGGCACGAUGGCGCGGAAAGGGUCGCGGCUCCGCGAGGUCAUCAAGAGCCAGCUCCCGGACCGCAACGCCGUCCACGAGGCCAUGCACGAGGACUGGUUCGCCAUGGGCAAGCACCGCGUCCUCGAGGCCUUGGUGGCCGACAAGCAGGAGCAGCAGAAGGCUCCGAUCUCGGCCGUUUUCCACUCGUUUCGGCUGAUUUUUGGACGGACGAUCAUCUCUCGGAACGAUCUCGAAGCGUGGAGGUUUUUCUCGUAA